AAUCAUUCUUCACAACCCGAAACACCACCACCCUCUGAUUCCAUCACCUCGUCACAACCCGAACCGCCACCACCGUCUGAUUCUCUUCAUCUUCGACUCGGUACCACCAACCAACACUGCAACAAUCGUGUAACAAAAAACGACACCGUUUCGAUCAAUGGUUAAGGGUUUGCACAGCCAAAACCUCCCCGCCGAUGUAGCACAUGUCGUCGAUCAGCUAGAGCGCCACUGCUUGGCUCCGAUGGAUCUCUCAUCUCCAAGCCUCUCUACAACGAUCUACAACUCGCUAGAGAGGAAAUGUGCAGGGAACGACUUCGAUAUCUCGAAGCCAUGAUAGGGAAAGUGAUGCGUAUACGUAAAGCUUCAAGGAAUGAUUCACUGACUGAGACUUCAACCAACCCUUCUGCUUUGACGGCUCAGGAACGGUACCUCUGGAAAGAUGUUGAUGAACUCAUUUCAUCUUUUGAUAAUGAAAUUGCAAGCCAGCUGUUUGUUCUUCAUGUUAUGAAGCCAUUGCUUGGUUCCAAGUUUGUUGAUGCUGGCGAUCAGAGUUCCAUACCCCUUUCAAUGGGGAGCACCUACAUUUGAUGCAGGCGAAGCGUUUGCCAUGAUGAUGGCAUCUUUUGUUGCUCUUGUAGAGUCUACUGGAGCUUUCAUUGCCGUAUAUAGGCAUGCAAGUGCAACACCAUUACCGCCUUCUAUUCUUAGUCGAGGUAUCGGUUGGCAGGGAGUUGGCAUUUUGUUAUCAGGAUUGUUUGGAACAAUUACCGGAUCGUCCGUGUCUGUAGAAAAUGCAGGUCUUUUAAUCUCAAAUGACUGAGAUGAUAAUAUCACUGAAUGUCUCUAAAGGUGCAUUCUACUAUGUUGUUUAUCACUAUUAUUACUGGAUUUCAUUCUUGAUAGAGUUUUUCUUUCAUUUUGUGUCUAUAUGAGAUGGUAUUGUAGUUUUCAUUCCAAACUAGCUUUAUAAAAAGAGCAAUAUAGUAUGAGUGAUGAAAAGUCAUUGAAUAUGUUAGUCUAUUUUUCUUUAUCAAGAAAGACAAAUAUAGGUGUGAGCAAACUUAGGCUGUUUCUGGAAGAAAUACUACAAAAGAUGUUUAUUUGCAAUAGAAUUUAUCAAAACCCAUCAUUUUUUAUAUUUAAAUUCUAAGCUAAAUCUGACAAAUCAGUUACAGCUAAACAAUGAUUUUUUUAAUAUCAAGUUGAGUAUUUGGAUUCUCUUAAUUCUUUUGUUUAUUUACUUCAUCAAGUUUGGCUGUGUAAUGACUAAGAUUGUUUCAUUUAAAAUUAUUUGUUCAUUAGCUGAAAAAAUGAGGACUAAGCUUUGACUUUGUCUUGCCAAUUAACAGUUGACUUCAUACAAUCCUUACAACAUGUACUUCGUAUGUACUACAAGUAAUUUAUAUGUUAUUCUGAAAGGUCACUUUUUAAUAAACCUCCUGUAAUAUAGCACAAAGGAUAAUGACUUUAUUAAAUGAAGUUUGACAGAUAAAUAAGUGAUAUUGAGGAUAUAGUGCAAGAAAUUGGAGGAUAUAGUUCAGGGUAUUGAGGAAAUAGUAAAAGCUUUGUAUAAGUUCAGCCUUUGUGGCAAUUUUAUGAGCCAUACUAGCUAAGCUAUCCAUUUGAACUCAUAUUCCGAAUUAACAUAUAUGGUUAAUUGAAAGUGAAGUAUCAAUUAUGACCAUGCUCCACCAAAAUGGAAAUGAAUUUAAAAAAGAUAUGCAUAUGCUGGAAUGGAAAGGUUCAUAUACUUUUAAGCACUAGAUGCAUGUCAAGACUAAACCAACUUAACAAAUUCCAACCAAAAUGCAAUAGUUUCGUCCAGUAAAUUCUGCUUAAUCUUAACCAAUUAAAUGCAACUUUAUCACAUUCCUGUUAAUGUUAUCACAUGACAGAAUAAGCAAUAUAAUUUGUGGUUGGGUGGGUGGAGUGAGGAAGUGCAAAAUAUAAUGCUUAAUAAUCACUAUCACACACACACACACACACACACACACACACACACACA